UGAUGACAAAAAAGCAAAAGAUGAAAGGCUGGCGGUUGUUGAUACUGCACACCUGAACGAAAAUAACGUCGUGCAGUUGUAAGACAAUACUUGUUUUCACCGAACAAGCCAGGACAUUGUGCAAUACACAUAUACUUCAGUGAUGACAACAUGCCUGUUAGGAUUUUGAUUGGUUGAACGCGUGUGUCAUUGAGGACUGGAUAAUGUGGAGUCCAUCUCAUGUUCAGUUCACAGUACUCCGGGCCAGGAAUCUUAUACCGAAAGGGAAAGGAGGUAACAAUGACGUGUUUGUGCAGAUACAGCUUGGCAAGGAGAAGUACCAGACGUCCACCAUUAAGAAUGCUCACAAUCCAGAGUGGUUUGAGGAGUGUGACCUGCCCAUCCCUCACAUGCAUUCGGAAAUUGAAGUGACGCUCUACCACCGUGGGGUAUUGUCAGAUGACUUCCUUGGAUACGUGUCUGUUGCAUUAUGGGAUUACAAGGUGGGAGAGAGGCCACAGAGUCAAUGGAUUCCUCUGAGACACAAGCCAUCAAAAGGCCCUGAUAAUAAAUACCGAGGAGAGCUGGAAAUCAAACUGACGUUCCAUGUGGAGAAAUCUGAUAGUAUUCCCGGGCUGAAGAAACGGUCGUCAUCUAUCAGGAGUAUCGCCACAGCUGUUGGUGAAAAGCUGAAAAUUAACAAGAACCGAUCGUUCCGUGAGAAUCGCAAGGAUCCCGAAGGCAGCAAGUCUGACCGACGCCAACCAAGACUUGCCGGUGAUGCUGGGUUCGGCCAUGAUAGAGAGGAUGGGCCAUUAUCUCGCAGUUACAGUAUGUCAGCUGCUUACAUUAAAUCAAUGUCCUUAGAUAGAGGGAGGAUUGCCGAGUAUGAGUCUACACCAAUCAGAGAUGAUCCUCGUAGCAGAUCGUUAUGCAACAUCAAUGUUCCUGGCAGUCGGCGAAGCUGUGUCGAGUUUUCCAACUACACGAUAGGCCCACCACCAUAUGAACCUCACCAGUCAUCACAGGAUGAUUCGGCCUUGUCACUGAGAGACCAUUCCAUCAACCGCCAACCUCUCUCCCGGGCAACUCUAGGAUCAAACUCCUCGUACAUAGAGUCGAUGAGGCGACGCGAGCGAUCGCUGUACGAAAGUAUCAAAGAGAGGACCGAAGAGUCAUCUAGUUCAGACAAUGAGAGCACUUCGCGGCCACACUCGCGACCCGUUCGUAUGGUUAAGAAAGACAGCAAUAAAGAUUUUGACGCUGAUGUCGAAAGUAUUGCUGAAAGUCCAAUCAAAGUUGCAGAUGAAAAUCUGGAGAAUGGUGUUUCAGGGGAGACGACUGUUGACAAAACAAGUGAAAAUGCUGUUCCUGUCGGCAGUAGUAGUGCUAAGAGUGACAAAGCGGAGAUGAUGGUUAAUGGAGAUGCGAGGAAGGAAGAUUCUAAAGGUGCUAGUAGUCUUAGGAAGAAAAUAAUCCCCAACGCAGGAGAUAGCUUUAAUUCUGGUUUGUCAUACAAGGAAAAUGGGCACCAGAAUGGACACCAGGAGGUGCCAAUGAGGAAGAAGGCCAAGAGAGAACGAUUGCGUCAACUUUACAUACAGGGAGGUCGAAGAUACACUGUGCAGGGUUUUGAAAGUCGAGAGUUUGGACUGUACGAUGACAGCAUGUCCGAUCUAAGUGACCCAGCCAAGAUGGACUUCCGCGGAUACGAGGACAUGAUACGCUCUUACAGGAACCUCACUAAAGACGAACUGGUCCGGUUGGUUGUGCAGAACAAGGCUCAGAUGAUCAGGAAGGACCGCUACAUUCAGGAUCUUGAAAACUAUAUAGACAAUUUACUGGUACGAGUGAUGGAGAACCAGCCAAGACUACUGCAUAGAUUCAAUAGAAGAUAGUGCUUAAACGUAACUUAAAAUAUCGUCAAAUAAAUAGUGUCUUGGGAAUGGGUUAUGAGUGAUGUGCCAACGUUUUAGGUUCUGUUAUACAUCUACAAUUCUCUGAGUUAAUUUUGUUAUGACAUGCAGCAAUAAAAAAUAUAACAUCAUUAUAUACACGGCUAGCUCUGGCACUCGCCAAACUCACCAAUUGUGAAUUUCAAAAACAAUUAGAGAAUUUUAUUUUAAUUUGGCGAAAUAAUUUCAUGAAAUAAUUUAUAUUUUGUUAGAAACUAACUGGGUUUCUGCGAUUUUUGAAGUUUAAUAGAUAAUUUGGCGAAAUAUUCUGCUAACUUGAAGCUAACCCUGAUUUAUAUUAUGUAGAAUUACAUAUUAUGUAUCAUAUCAGUAAAAAACCCAUACAGACAGAAAACCAACCAAAAGACCCAUCAACCUAUCUCUUUUUUUCUGUAUUAGUAGACAUUUAUUAUUUCUGUUUAUGUGAAAAUGUGUAUUCUGUUUCAGAAAUAAAAGAACAUUUUUCAUUUUGGUUAAAAUAUGUUAUACAGUAUGCCAGUAAAAAUUUUUUGUUUAGAUGUAUGCAGAACCAAUAACUUUGAUACUGUAAAUUAUAACUCAAUCUCUUUUCACAUAUUACUGUAAUUAUUCAACUAGUAUAAUUAUUCAACUAGUAUUUAUCACAUUACAUCAGUUAGACGACAAUAAUAUAAAGUCCUAGAUAUUAAUCCAUGGAUAUUUUUUCAUUCCAGAAAAUGAAUUCUUAUCGUGGAAAUAGGAGCAGUUUUUUUACAAUAAAAAAAUCUGUUAUAAUACAGUAUAUUUUUAAACAUAAUUAGAAGAUCAAAUGGAAUAAAAAGCUUGUACGUUUCAGGUUAGCUUGGCUGAUGGUACUUUUGUUAGCAUAAAUAGCUGAAAUAUGUUUUGAAUACCACUAAGUGAUUAAGUCGGACUACUACUUUCCAUUAUAGCAGGUUUCACUGUAUCAGUUACAGGAAGGAUUGUAUGAUAGUCGGACUACUACUUUCCAUUAUAACAGGUUUCACUGUACAAGUUACAGGAAGGAUUGUAUGGUAGUCGGACUACUACUUUCCAUUAUAACAGGUUUCACUGUACAAGUUACAGGAAGGAUUGUAUGGUAGUCGGACUACUACUUUCCAUUAUAACAGGUUUCACUGUACAAGUUACAGGAAGGAUUGUAUGGUAGUCGGAUUACUACUUUCCAUUAAAGCAGGUUUCACUGUACAAGUUACAGGAAGGAUUGUAUGGUAGUCGGAUUACUAAUUUCAUUAAAGCAGGUUUCACUGUACCAGUUACAGGAAGGAUUGUAUGAUAGUCGGACUACUACUUUCCAUUAUAACAGGUUUCACUGUAUCAGUUACAGGAAGGAUUGUAUGGUAGUCGGACUACUACUUUCCAUUAUAACAGGUUUCACUGUACCAGUUACAGGAAGGAUUGUAUGGUAGUCGGGACUACUACUUUCCAUUAUAACAGGUUUCACUGUACCAGUUACAGGAAGGAUUGUAUGGUAGUCGGAUUACUACUUUCCAUUAAAGCAGGUUUCACUGUACAAGUUACAGGAAGGAUUGUAUGGUAGUCGGACUACUACUUUCCAUUAAAGCAGGUUUCACUGUAUCGGUUACAGGAAGGAUUGUAUGGUAGUCGGAUUACUAAUUUCAUUAAAGCAGGUUUCACUGUACCAGUUACAGGAAGGAUUGUAUGAUAGUUGGACUACUACUUUCCAUUAUAACAGGUUUCACUGUAUCAGUUACAGGAAGGAUUGUAUGGUAGUCGGACUACUACUUUCCAUUAUAACAGGUUUCACUGUACCAGUUACAGGAAGGAUUGUAUGGUAGUCGGGACUACUACUUUCCAUUAUAACAGGUUUCACUGUACCAGUUACAGGAAGGAUUGUAUGGUAGUCGGACUACUACUUUCCAUUAUAACAGGUUUCACUGUACCAGUUACAGGAAGGAUUGUAUGGUAGUCGGACUACUACUUUCCAUUAUAACAGGUUUCACUGUACCAGUUACAGGAAGGAUUGUAUGGUAGUCGGACUACUACUUUCCAUAUCUAGCAGGUUUCGUUGUAUGAAAUACUUAAUUAGGCACAGGGUACAAUAUGUGUUUGUGUGAUGUGAAUUGUCUAGAUUUUAUACCAGUGUGUGGUGUUUGUAGAAUCAGUGUUCUAUAAAGUUGAAAACCAUAGGAAUAACUUAGUCAUUAUUUUCAGAAUUGCUUUCCUACGUUAUUAGUAAUGUCUGGUGUAAUAAAUUGGUAUAGAUGUGUGUCUACAUGUUUGCCUAUGAGUGGAUUUAAAAGCUGUUAUGAAAAGGUCAGAACUAAAUUUAUAUAAUUGUGUAGGCCUACAGAUUAUGUUGAGUUUUUUGGGGGGGAGGUUGUUUUUUGGUGGGAGGUUUUUUUUUGGGGGGAUUGUUUUGUUGUUAGUGUUUUUUGCUUAGAAAGUUUAACUUUUAAGUUUGGUAAAUAUUAAUUUAUAUGCUGUGUAAAAGGACCCUCCUUUAAAAGUUGUAGAUCUGGGGCCUAAUUCACAAAGGUCCUCUUAGGCUCUGUUAGACAACAAAGCAUCCUCUUUGCAAGUCUUUUAGCAUUGCACUGAGAGAUUGCAAAGUUGUGAGUUUAGUGAAUUAGGCCUCUGUUCCUGUAAUUGCUGAGAGAUAUAAGUUGUACUAUUGCUUGAUAAUAAAUAACUGCUGAAUGAGACACAAGCAAAUUGGAUUAGUUUGUUAUUCUGUUUUGUAACUGAUGGUGAAACCUAUGUGAUAACUUCCAUAUUGGUUGGGACUUUUUAAUACGUUUUUAAGAAUCAGUAAGUUUUGUAUGUAUAGUUUUAAAAAUUGGUGAAGUUUUCAAUAGUAUAUUUUUGAGUUUUUGUUACAUUAAUGAUUGUGUUAGAAUGCCAUUACUGUUAAGUUUUACAUUGAAUUGCUAGUGGUACUUUUGACAGGAGACAAGAUAACAAUUUUGUUUGAUAGAAUUUAUAUUUUGUAUGAUCUAACUUUUAAUAGUAUCUCAGUUUUUAUUUUUGUUUUAAAGUUUAUAAAAUGAGACAAAUAUAAUCAAUGUUUUAUAAUCAAAGUGGUUUUCAUCAAUUAAUCAAAUUUAAAGUCUGUUUUGUUUUACAACACCACUAGAGCACUUUGAUUAAUUAAUCAUCGGCCAUUGAAUGUUAAACAGUUGGUAAUUCUGACACU